AUGUUGAAGAAGUACAGCCACCCGAACAUUGCCACCUACUACGGUGCCUUCGUCAAGAAGAACCCUCCUGGCAUCGACGACCAGCUAUGGUUGGUGAUGGAGUUCUGUGGGGCGGGUUCAAUAACAGAUCUGAUUAAGAACACCAAGGGGAACUCACUGAAGGAGGAGUGGACUGCCUACAUCUGCAGAGAGAUCCUCAGGGGUCUGACCCAUCUCCACCAGCACAAGGUCAUCCACAGAGACAUCAAGGGUCAGAACGUCCUGCUGACGGAGAACGCAGAGGUCAAACUGGUGGACUUUGGUGUGAGCGCCCAGCUGGACCGGACGGUGGGGAAGAGGAACACCUUCAUCGGGACUCCCUAUUGGAUGGCUCCCGAAGUCAUUGCCUGCGACGAGAACCCUGAGGCAACCUACGACUUUAAGAGUGACCUGUGGUCUCUGGGUAUAACAGCUAUAGAAAUGGCAGAAGGAGCCCCUCCGUUGUGUGACAUGCACCCAAUGAGAGCCCUCUUCCUGAUCCCACGAAACCCCGCCCCCAGACUCAAGUCCAAGAAGUGGUCUAAGAAGUUCCAGUCCUUCAUUGAGAGUUGCUUGGUGAAGAGUCAUGGUCAGAGACCCAGCACAGAGCAGCUGUUGAAGCACCCCUUCAUCAGAGAGCUGCCCAACGAACGACAGAUCCGCAUCCAACUGAAGGACCACAUCGACAGAACCAAGAAGAAACGCGGAGAGAGGGAUGAGACAGAAUAUGAGUACAGCGGGAGUGAAGAGGAGGAAGAGGAGCGAGACGUGGGGGAGCCAAGCUCAAUCAUUAACAUCCCUGGUGAGUCGACGUUAAGGCGGGACUUCCUGCGUCUGCAGCUGGCCAAUAAGGAACGCUCUGAGGCUCUGAGGCGCCAGCAGUUGGAACAACAGCAGAACGAGGAACACAAGCGCCUCCUACUGGCCGAACGACAGAAACGCAUAGAGGAGCAGAAAGAGCAGAGGAGGAGACUGGAGGAGCAACAGUGCAGGGAGCGUGAGUUGAGGAAGCAGCAGGAGAGAGAACAGAGGAGGCGCUAUGAGGAGAUGGAACAAAUACGGAGAGAUGAGGAGAGGAGGCACGCGGAGAGAGAACAGGAGUAUAUCCGUAGACAGCUGGAGGAGGAACAGAGACAGUUAGAGAUCCUACAGCAACAGCUUCUACAGGAGCAGGCUCUACUGCUGGAGUAUAAGCGUAAGCAGAUUGAGGAACAACAUCAAGCCGAGAGACUACAGAGACAGUUACAACAGGAGAGAGCCUACCUGGUGUCUCUACAACAGCAGCAACAACAACAAAACCAAGAUGGCCGACCAGGCGAGAAGAAACCUCUGUAUCACUAUAAAGACUCAGCUAGUCCUACUGACAAACCUGCAUGGGCUAAAGAGGUCUUGAAGCAGCAGCCACACCCCCAGAGCCACUCACCCCGCCCUUUCCUCAGAAAAAGCCAUUCCUUCAACCAACCUUCAUCCCCCAUUCCCUCCCACGCCAACCUCCCUCGCCGAGCCCCCUCCGACCCCACCCCUCCCCCUCACAUCUGUAUCUCCCUGGAGACCAGGGAUCUAGUAGAUCCCAUUCUGAAACAGGAGAUCAGCCAGCAGGUUAGAGAGAUAAGCGCUCCGAAAGCCGGUCAGAGGGUGGUCAGACAGAAAGAAAGAGUACACAAUACCGGAGCCAACCACCAGGGGGUACCACACAACAACCGGAGGCCAAAAGGGCCUAGCGAAGCCGGUCAGAAGGCUGGUCAGCAAGACCGAGGACGCAGUCCCAGACCUAAACACCCAGGGCCACAACACAACCGCAACCAGGGGCCACAGCAUAAUGGGAAGGGGCAACAGGCUGGCUUUAACCGAGGCCUCAGCCCUAACCCCAAACCCAACCAAGCCCCCAAAGAGAACCCCAUCUCUAAUCCCCAAGCCCCUAAACAAAAGGCCCUCAAUGGGCCAGCCUGGGCACCCAGCUCCAGCCCCAACCAGGGACAUAACCUGGGGGUGAAAGACCAGGGGCAGAUAUGGGUCAGUGGCCGUAGUGGCAGCUCCAUCUCCCCCUGUCGUAGAAUAGACAUAGAAGUAACUGACAUAGAUGUAGAAAUAGACUCCUCUUCCUCCUCUCAUUCUAAUUCUUCUUUCCUCUACCCCUCUCCUGAUCAUGAUCUUAGAGGCAGCUCUUUGUUUCCCUGUCGUAUACUAGAUGUAGAAAUAGAUGAACUAGAUAUAGAAAUGGAGGAACUAGAAAAGAGGGAGUUGGAUUGUUGGAGGUAUAGAGAGGAGGAGAGGGAAAGGGGUAGAGAGGGAGGUGUGGGGGGUUUGAGGAUGGCUUCCAGCCAUGAGAGUCUGUUGGGAUCCUAUGGGGGUCAUACGAAUUCUGACCUCUACCCCCGACCCCUAACCCCUGACCUCUCAGCCUCUGCACCGGCAGGCCGGCUACGCCCUUUCCUGUCCUCCAAUCAAAAUCACUUCCUGGCUCCUGAAUCCUCCAAACAGAGUCCGUUCCUCCAAGUCCCCGGCUGGGCACCUCCCCCUCUGAACAGAGUGAAGUCAGAGGUCAGUGAUGAUGAUGAUGAGGUCACGACCUCUAACCUGGACCUGACUUCCUCUGCUCCAGCUAACAUGCUCAGAUCACACCUGGCCCAGGCCAUGCCCAUUAGAUCCAAGCAGUCAUCCCUCUCUCAGUCCUCCCUCUCUUUCUCCCCCCUUUGUUCUCCUGGUAAGAGCUCAGGUCCUCUGAAACAGUUAGUUUUAGCCUUAAAUUGGAUGGGCCUCUCGCCCCGAGGGUCACCUAGAACCUCACCCCAAACCUCAGCCAGAAUCUCCCCCUCACACUCCCGACCUGAGUCCCCAUGUCAUCUCUCCCUCAAUUCCCCUCCAGCUCCAUUCUACCACUCCCAGUAUCUCACACCCUGCUCCUCCCCCUACCUCACCCCUAUGUGUUCUCCUCACCCCUCUCCCGGUGGCUCCCCCUUCGGCUCCCAGUCUCAGCUCACUAUCAGACCACUUGCUGCUAUUAGCCAAUUGCAGUUCAGCUUGGUGAUGGGUGCUGGCCAAUCAGGUCUCAGCCGGGUGAAUGCCAAUCAGGUGGAAGAGCGGUCCAAGCUGAACAGACAGAGUUCUCCAGCGCUGCAGCAUAAGGCCGUCUCCAGCCGGGUCUCUGAGUCCUCCCUGCCCUCCUCGCUCCGAGUCCUUCAGCACUGCAGGGAUGCAGCCGGCCCGCACCCCACCAACACACACCGCCCAGUUGAACCACAGAUGGCCCAUCUGAUUCCAGUGAAGACCAUGACAGGCUCUCAGUCUCUGCAGGAGAGCAGAGGGGGAGAGGCGGGGGGGAUGGGGAGGAGAGGUGAGGAGGGGGGAGGCAUGCCCCCCCGCCAGAACUCUGACCCCACCUCUGACUCGAACCCCGCCCCUCCACCUCGUACCACUAGCCGAGAGGACGAUGAGCUUCCCCCUAAGGUCCCUCAGAGAACCACCUCCAUCUCCCCAGCACUGAUGAGGAAAAACUCCCCCAACGCACAGGGACUCAUACGAGAAAGUCAUCCAGACCUGAGAGCUUCAGAGUUGUGUCUCGAUACUGCUCUACAGAGGUCCUCUCACUCCUCCUCCUCAUCCUCACCUUCAUCACAGAGAGGUCCACCAGUCCAGGAGACCUCCCCCCCAGCAGAAGCCACUCAGGAGGUAAGGAUCAGACCGGAGGAGGGGCGAGACUCAGGCAGACCCAGCAGACCUGCCGUGAGUGACACACACUCACACGCAAACACACACCUCGAUUCUUUCUGGAGCUAUAAGAAAGCCAUAGAUGAGUCUCAUUGGAAACUCUCUCUCUCCUCUCUCUCUUUGGAAACUCUCUCUCUCCUCUCUGUCUCUUUGGAAACUCUCUCUCUCUCGGUCUCUCUAGGUGUGAACCUGCUGGUGGGGACAGAGAAUGGUUUGAUGUUGCUUGACCGUAGCGGUCAGGGGAAGGUCUAUAACCUGAUAACCAGGAGACGCUUCCUACAGAUGGACGUCCUGGAGGGACUUAAUGUCCUGGUUACUAUAUCAGGGAAGAAGAAUAAGCUGCGUGUGUACUACCUGUCCUGGCUGAGGAACAGGAUACUCCACAACGACCCCGAGGUGGAGAAGAAGCAGGGCUGGGUCACUGUAGGAGAGCUGGAGGGCUGCGUACACUACAAAGUCGUAAAGUACGAGAGGAUCAAGUUCCUGGUGAUCGCUCAGAAGAACGCAGUGGAGAUCUAUGCCUGGGCCCCCAAACCCUACCACAAGUUCAUGGCCUUCAAGUCGUUCACUGACUUGCAGCACCGCCCCCAGCUGGUUGACCUGACGGUGGGAGGGCAGAGGUUAAAGGUCAUCUACGGCUCCAGCCUGGGCUUCCAUGUCAUCGACGUCGACUCUGGCAACCCUUACGACAUCUACGUCCCCUCACACAUUCAGACCCAGGUGACUCCCCAUGCCAUCGUGAUUCUUCCUAAGACAGACGGGAUGGAGAUGUUGUUGUGUUAUGAAGAUGAGGGAGUCUACGUCAAUACCUACGGACGCAUCACUAAAGACGUCGUGCUGCAGUGGGGAGAGAUGCCUACUUCUGUUGCCUAUAUCCACUCUAGCCAGAUCAUGGGCUGGGGGGAGAAGGCCAUAGAGAUCAGGUCUGUGGAGACAGGACACCUGGACGGGGUCUUCAUGCACAAGAGAGCCCAGAGACUCAAGUUCCUGUGUGAGAGGAACGACAAGGUGUUCUUUGCAUCGGUGAGGUCUGGAGGCAGCAGUCAGGUCUUCUUCAUGACCCUCAACCGUAGCUCCAUGAUGAACUGGUGAAACUAACUCCUCCCACCAUCUUCCUAUUGGCCUGCUCAGCUGUCGAUCACGGGCCAACUCUAAUUUCAUAAGCCAAUUAAAACAAUGGACCAAGAGAAUCAAAUCGCACCCUGAAUCAAACAAGUGAAUUGAAUAAUGGGAGAGUCCAACACUGAAUCUAACUGAGAGAAUCAAACACUGAAAGAAUCGAACGCUGAGGGAAUCAAAUAUCAAAUCAGUGUGAAAGAAUUGAAGUGUAAAUGAAUCAGGCUCUGAGAGAAUCAAACUUGAAGACAGUGAAACACUGAGAGACUAUAACACUGUAACAGACAUAAAGGACUAUAAAGAAUGAAAUAAUAAAGAGAUACAUGACUAUUAUGAAGAGGAGUCUGAAGGUAGAGGAGUCUGAAGGUAGAGGAGUCUGAAGGUAGAGGAGUCUGAAGGUAGAGGAGUCUGAAGGUAGAGGAGUCUGAAGGUAGAGGAGUGUUUGGAUCAACGGGGCCGCUGGUUUCCCGGUUUUCCAAGAUCUCGACUACCGUCUGUGGAGACGAACCGGAACUUCCAGAUCCUAAUCUUUCUUUCUCUCCUCCACUUCAUCCUUCACUUCCCCCCUCUCUCCACCACUCCACCCCUCUUCUCCAAAAUAUCGGCUAUGUCCCUUUUAAAACAAAAUCCCCGCCUCUGUCUCCCUCCUCUUCUCCUCCUGUCCCUCUGUCUCCCUCCUCUUCUCCUCCUGUCCCUCUGUCUCCCUCCUCUUCUCCUCCUGUCCCUCUGUCUCCCUCCUCUUCUCCUCCUGUCCCUCUGUCUCCCUCCUCUUCUCCUCCUGUCCCUCUGUCUCCCUCCUCUUCUCCUCCUGUCCCUCUGUCUCCCUCCUCUUCUCCUCCUGUCCUCUUCUCCCUCCUCUUCUCCUCCUGUCCUCUGUCUCCCUCCUCUUCUCCUCCUGUCCCUCUGUCUCCCUCCUCUUCUCCUCCUGUCCCUCUGUCUCCCUCCUCUUCUCCUCCUGUCCCUCUGUCUCCCUCCUCUUCUCCUCCUGUCCCUCUGUCUCCCUCCUCUUCUCCUCCUGUCCCUCUGUCUCCCUCCUCUUCUCCUCCUGUCCCUCUGUCUCCCUCCUCCUCUCCUCCUGUCCCUCUGUCUCCCUACUCUUCUCCUCCUGUCCCUCUGUCUCCCUACUCUUCUCCUCCUGUCCCUCUGUCUCCCUCCUCUUCUCCUCCUGUCCCUCUAUCCACUCUGAAGUCUUUCAAUUCUCAAGGUGCUGCAUCAGAUUAACUGUUAAAAGAAAACAAGAAUAACAACAUUCUGCUGUUUACUAGAAAUAUUCUUUCAUUCUGUCUUUUAAAUAACACAUUGUUCAAGUUUUGUUUCUUGUUUAUUUAGGUACUUUAAAAUGACUUUUGAAUUGUAAUGUGAAUUAGCUUGAUAACUUGCACAGCACACUGCUAGUUUCUGCCGUUCAGUUUGUGUGUUUUAUGUUAUGCUGAAAUGCCAGAGUAAAACCUGAUUCAACUGAGAAUCAUUUGAGAAUUGUCUGAGAAUGAACCACUCUGUGUCUGUCUUAUCUGUCUCUGUGUGUAAAGAAUUAUUGUGUAAAGCUGUCUCCCACCUGAUUGGUCUGGUCUGAUUGUGACUCCUUCCUGUUUGUACGGUGCCUAGCAUGAUGAAGCCAUCUGAUUUAUCUACCGUUGUUUUGUUCACUCCUUCCUGUUUGUACGGUGCCAAGCAUGAUGAAGCCAUCUGAUUUAUCUACCAUUGUUUUGUUCACUCCUUUCUGUUGGUUUACCAUUUUAUAUUAACUAUUUCAUAGCAUCUUUAUGUCCUUAGAUUGAACAUUAUCAUUUUAUCUUAAACAAAACUUAAUUUAAAAAAAAUAAAAUAAUGUUUGACAUUUUAUUAAAUACAUUUGCAUUUCUGAAAACAAAGACGAGAACAUCUGAAGCUGUUGUCUUUAAUGCUUUUUAAGCCAUGCUGUAGAACUACAUUACCCAGAAUGCAACAGUUCUGUGAGGUAUGUGUGUGAGGGUCAUGUAUGUGUAUAUUUAGUGACUGCAAACACAUUCAUCAAAGAAAUAUUACAUUCACCGAGACCCACUCCCUCAAAUUACAAACAAGUGCAGGGGAAACCCUUUUGUCUGGGAAAUUAAACUUCCAGGCUGCUCCUUUAAAUGUCAUGCUUAAGUUACUGUUAUGGAGACAGGUUGCUUUUUAGAAUGUUAGCAAUAAAGAGUUGUGCUGAUUGAACGUGUGUGUGUGUGUGUGUGUGUGUGUGUGUGUGUGUGUGUGUGAUACACCUCUAUCUGGUGAACAGGCUGCUGAUCACUACUUUUGGACUCUGUCUUUAAAAGAAAAACUCUAGACCUCUUUGUUUCUGAAUGACAAACUCAUCACUAAUGUUUUGGUUUCUAUGUUUUGUAAAACAGUCAAAUAAAUGAUACUAGAACAUUA